GUGUGUGUCCUUUAUGGUGACACACCCCAUGCCAAGUCUGUCCACAAACGAAACCUAACCUAAAAUUCCUCCCUUGUUCUUGGUUGGCCUUUUCAGUCCGCAUCUGACCUUGAGACCAAACUCUACUAUAUAGCCUCUCCUUCCUAUGGCCUGUGGGUAUCUGGAUUUUGGAUUGAGUUUGUAGAGGUGGAGAAUGGUAAGGAAAUGUUCUCACUGUGGACACAAUGGCCACAACUCCAGGACUUGUAUCAGCACAAGAAGCAGCAUGGCUGGUGGAGGUGGAGUGAGGCUCUUUGGGGUGCAGCUUCACAUGGCAUCCCCUCUGAAGAAGAGCUUUAGCAUGGAGUGUCUCUCCUACACUUACCCUGCUGCUUCUUCCUCUUCCCCAUCAUCAUCAUCAUCUUCUCUUGGUUCCAUAGAUGAAGCCACCGAGAAGAUAUCUCAUGGUUAUCUCUCUGAUGGUCUUGGUGGCAGAACACAGGAGAGGAAAAAGGGAGUGCCAUGGACCGAGGAAGAACACAGAUCGUUUCUUAUUGGACUCGAGAAACUUGGAAAGGGAGAUUGGCGAGGCAUCUCCCGCAACUUUGUGACCACAAGGACCCCAACACAGGUUGCUAGCCAUGCUCAGAAGUACUUUCUCAGACAAAACAGCCUCAACAAGAAGAAGCGUCGAUCGAGCCUUUUCGAUGUGGUUGCAAACUGUGAGGGGGCAGCUCACAACACUGCCUCUUCGAAGUCAGAGGAUGCUUCCUUCUCAUCGGAGCUGCAUGUUCCGACUCUGUCCCUCACCAUGGCAGACCAUAAAGCUUCUGAAACUACCACAAUCGAUCUCAACUCUUCAGGCCAAGAACAAGUAAUACAGAUGUCAUCAUCACAGUCACCUUCCUCCAUGGAAAGGACUCGUGCUCAGCUCUCAAAUCUGGAUUUAGAGCUCAGGAUUUCCUCAUCCCCUGGCAGCCUAUGUCUUGGAACCAUCAGAGUUACUUAACUGGGCUAACACUGAAUGCUUCAAUCACAGCUUGAAGCUUAACCAGUGUUCUGAAGGAUCAUGUAGUGGAUUGGAAGUGUGGAGGUUUAGCACAUCUUCUUCAAGCUCGAUUAUUUGUAUCUAUCUUUAGAUGUUAUGAGUACAAGGUUCUUGUUACUCAUCGAGUUGGACCAAUCACUCUCAGACAAGCUGAUGCUUGUUGUAGGUUUACUGUAGUUAUCUGUGAAGCCAUCAAGACAUGUGAGACUCUCCUCUCCUUGUAUAA